CAAUUCCACCAUAAGAAAAAGGAGGUUGGCAUCCUUAUCCCCCAGUAGAAAGCGGACGCUCGAGCGGUGGAUCAUGAUCUCAUGUUCCUAUUGCCUCUCCACCGGCCUUGCUCAAAUUGUUAGGUAGAAGUUGGCGGGGCUUGCCGACUUCAGUCCAAUAUGAGCUUAAUUUAGGCCGAUUUUCACAAGUAUGGAGUCAGAUGACCAUAAGCCUGUUCGAUUUACGGGUUUUCGCAUCACAUCGAGGAUAGAACCCCAAUACCAAAGCUGUGUCGGCGCUGUGAUUACCCAUUGACCCUCCCUCACGAAAAAUUAUUAGGAAAAUCCCGGCACUCUCAUCUUAAUCUUAUGACCUUACAGCUUAAACCCAUAAUCCACGUCCAACCUCUCUUCUCAUCUCCACCCUUACUUCACUCUUCAUGGCUUCUCCCUCCCUUCCUCUCCUUCCAUAUCUUCUAACUUCUUUUCUCCUAUUCUUGUCCCUCCUCCUCACUCCCACCACCUCCUCCUCCUCCACUCAUCUAAACCCUAACAACGUGCAAUCCAUCUGCCACUUCACUCCCUACCCCGCCUCCUGUUUAGAAUCCCAGAAGUUCACCAUCUCCAUCGGCGGCUCCACCAACCCCUCCAUCCUUACCUCCGCCCUCUGCUCCCUUCAGGCCGCCAUCUCCUACGCCACCAAGCUCUCCUCCCUCCUCUCCUGCAUCGCCCCCGGCCCCAACCUCGUCGAGUCCCAAAAAAGCUCCCUACAGGACUGCCGAGACCUCCACCAGAUCACCCUCUCCUCCCUUAAGAAAUCCCUCGCCGAGCUCGCCAGCUCCACCGACGACAGUAUCUGCAACCUCGCCGACGUCCGGGCCUACCUCAGCGCCGCCCUCACCAACAAGGCCACCUGCCUCGAGGGCCUUACCGGUGCCCGGGGCUCGCUCAAGCCCUCGCUGGUGGAGUCCUGGACCACAGCCUACGAGCACGUAAGCAACUCCCUCGACCUCGUCGCCCGCUUGGGUCCCCGGCGGCCGGGGGCCCGGCGGAGACGGUUGCUCUCCUCCACCGCCGGCAGCGAUGGAUUCCCGGUAUGGGUCCCGCGGAGGGACCGGAGGCUACUCCAGAGCGACGACGACGGGGAGUACGGCCCGUCGUCGGUGGUGACGGUGGCGGCGGACGGGACAGGGAACUUCACGACGGUCGGAGAAGCGAUCGCGUUCGCGCCGAACAACAGCGCGGUCCGCACAAUCGUGAUGGUGCGGGCGGGGACGUACGAGGAGAACGUGGAGAUCCCAAGUGAGAAGCACAACAUUCUGCUGAUUGGGGAUGGGAGCGACGGGACCGUGAUCAGAGGAAGCCGGAGCGUUGGUGACGGCUGGACCACCUUUCGAUCAGCCACCGUCGGUGUAUUUGGACAAGGUUUCUUGGCUCGUGACAUUACCUUCCAAAACAUUGCCGGAGCAGCAAAGAGCCAAGCCGUGGCCCUCCGAGUAAACGCCGACAUGGUUGCCCUCUACCGUUGCGUCAUUGAUGGCUACCAGGAUACGCUAUACGUCCACUCCUUCCGGCAGUUCUACCGGGAAUGUGAUAUCCACGGCACGGUGGAUUUCCUCUUCGGUAAUGCUGCAGUGCUCUUCCAGGGAUGCAAACUUGUGGCUAAGAAUCCUUUACGUGGCCAGUCCAAUGUUGUCGCGGCCCAAUCCAGAGAUGAUCCUAACGAGGAUACCGGCAUCGCUAUUCAGAAUUGCUCGGUCCUGGCAUCUGGCGAACUAACAUCAAGCAACGUAAGCACCAAGACCUACCUGGGGAGGCCUUGGAGGCUCUAUUCCAGGACAGUGUACAUCAAGUCGUACCUUGAUAAGCUGGUGGAUCCGGCAGGGUGGUUGGAGUGGUCGGGAGACCAGGGGCUGGAUACCUUAUACUUCGGCGAGUAUAUGAAUAGUGGACCCGGAUCCGGGACCGAUGGUCGAGUCUCGUGGCCGGGAUACCACAUUAUGGAUUACGAUGAUGCCUCUAACUUCACUGUGUCGGAGUUCAUCUACGGCAACGAGUGGUUGGAUUCCACCUCAUUUCCGUAUGAUGCUGGGAUAUGAUGUUCGAAUUCUUAUUUCUUUCUUUAAUAUGUAGAUAUUGCUGUUCUUUUUUAUGCGUCAGUUGUAUGUCCACGUGUAAGCAUGUAUAUGCUUAUGUCGAGUGUCUUUUACUCUUCCAUGUCCAACCAAAAGGCACGCAUGCUUUAUGCUGUUGCAGCGCCUAAGUAUGCUUCUCUUUUCCACCUCCUAGUUAUCUUAAGAUGAAUUUUGAUGGUGGUAUGGCAAUGGAUAGAGCUUUCGGAGGAGUGGGCUUUGUUAUUAGGAACCAGCAUGGCAGAUUGAUUGCAGCUGGAGGUCAGAGCACAUCAGGAUUGACUGUUGUUGUGUAAGAAAAAUAAUAGAUGAAAGAAGGAAGAACUUAUCAGUUGAGGCGUGAUUUCACUGUCCUUAAGAAUAGAUCGCGCCCCUCGGAGAUUGAAUCUCGGUGUAGCAGGUAAUGGCGGCCUAUCCUCCAGGAUACAACAA